CUUCUACAUAGUUGAAGGAGGUCUUCAACAUGACAUUUUUUCAACUCUCCUCAACUCGCCAAUUAGGUCGCCCAAGUGGGACAGCUCCUUUAAUGUUUCGAGUUGGCGACCCGUUAUCAUUCCCAAAUCGCUUUAAGUCGGACGGUGGAGGAUUGUGACCAUAGAGCUCUAUGAUCUUUGAUUGUGACUCCUUGUGUAAAAGGUCGGAAGGUGGUUUCUAAAGUACGUGGGGAUCUCUGCAUAGUAUGGGCAGGAAAUACAUCACGCCCUUGCAUUGGGUGGCGAUUGCAGUGUGAGCGGUUGUGGCCAGUGCUUGCUCCAUAUAUAUAACGGCACUGGAGACACCAAGGGCAGCUGUCUCUGUGUUAAUAACGCCGGCUGCACACCAUGUUCCCAUUGGGGCAGCUCGCCCUCCUGCUCUUCCUGAUGGCCGGCGCCUCCCUCUCUUGUGAGCCUUCAACCACAAACUCUACCGGCAUUAUGUGCAGGUUUACCAAGGACGCUGCCUUAGUCUUUAACCAAGAGACGAGCGAUGUCAUUCAGGCGACAUUCCGACACGCCUCCUUCCCCGACAUCAAAGGAGAGAAAUCUAUUUUGUUUCUGGGCUCCGUUUCAUACGUAUUGAAAAAUUUGCAGAUAAACAAUAUGUCUGUGGAAAGUAGUGAUGUGGAUCUCAGCAAGGAAAAAGGAAUCCUCAUCUCCAUCCAAAAUGUAGCUGCCACCUUCAAAGGAACUAUGAACUAUGCAUACACCAACUGGCUGUUAAAGAUAAAUAAUUCACUGGAUUUUAAAAUUGAGGUCCAGACUGAUGUUGAUCUUGGUCUAACUCUAGCUUACGACAACGGCCGAAUAGCCUUGACUGUCUCGGACUGCGUGCUGAACUUCCACAAGCUAACGCUGCAGCUGCAAAAACAGAGCCAGGUCAACUGGAUUAGGCAACUGUUGACGGACUUUGUUUCUUUCACUUUGAGACAAAUUCUUAAAGGACAGAUCUGUGCAGAAAUCCAUAAAAUGUCAAAUCUACUGUCAGACUUCACUCUGCAGCAAGCUGGAGCGUUCCUAAGCGAUGGGGAGAUUUCCACAAGUAUAGAAUUAACUGGUGAUCCCAUGAUUACCUCAGAAUAUGUGGAAUCAUGGCAUAAGGGUAGUGUGUUCUACAAGAACUUUUCAGUUUUCCAGAAGCCCAACGCCAUCCCAUUUGAACGAGUAGAGACCAGAAUGUUUAACCUGUGGGUGUCGGAGCCUGUGAUCAACUCUCUGCUGUACGCAGCCUAUCUGGACGAUCGGCUCUCUCUGAAGCUGGUGGACGAUGAUUUGCUGAAGGUGUUCGAAGCUGGAGAAUUUAAACACGAGCUAAACGUCUUACAGCAGGUAUUCCCCGCUGUUCCUAUAAAUGACCUGAUGGUCAAACUCACAGCACUCCGGCCACCCAGCAUUCUCUUCAAACGUGUGGGCACCAUUUUGGAGGGAUCAGUAGCUAUAGAGGUUGACGUUGUGCCUGAGAGUAAGGAUUCCUACACAGCACUGUACAUGGAAAUGGACAUAGAAACCACUGUACAAUCAUCUUAUACAAACAGGAAAAUCCACCUGCAGCCCUCUUCAAAUCACUGGAGCAUCAAAACUUUAAAGAAUAAUCCAGCGAUCACCCUGGACAAGACUAUAGCAAAGCGUUAUUUGGAGAAGUUUUUCUCAGCAGGUGGACUGCAAAAGAUCAUCUCUUAUGUGGAGUUUUAUAUAACAGCGCUGCUUGACAAGAAAGGACUACAAUAUUUUAACAUCAGCAACACAGUGCUGGAACCAAACAAGGGCUACGUGACUGUCGCAACAGACUUCCAGUUUCCACGCCAGCUGCUAGAAAACUUUCUUCGAAACUUCACAUCGACGAUAAGUUCUUAUUUUCAGAAAGAAAACGGUGAGGACUCGUGGGGCUUGUAGUUGAUCAGACUUCACAAUAGCUCGCAAAAACAGACCUGUCUUUAUGUUUUUUUACAUGUGAAUAGGGUUUCAUCAAAUACAACAUGUAUGAUGACGAACAGUUCCAAGUGAAAUGAUAAUGUGAUCAACCUUGCAUGUUGCUUGUCUGUAGUUUUUAUCAAUGGUAUUUUCUAUUCUACAGCACAUGUCGCUGUUGAUCAAUGCAAUCUUGGAUUCAUAAUAUCCAUUUUGAGGGUUUUUUUUAACCCCACUGAAGAUUAUUUGUCAUUUUACUUAAAGAAUAAUGAUGAGAACGGGUAGAAAUUUUUCCAAAAAAUAUAUGGAAGAAGGAAGCCCUGGGUGAAAAUACCUUCAACAAACUACUUUUAACAGGAGCACACUGUCAUAUUUCCUUUCAUAAUUUUGCUUCCUCAAAAUUCCAUCUCCCAUCUUGUAAUAGAAUUAUAUCAGCACAGAAACAGGCCCUUUGGCCCAUUAUGUCCAUGCUGGCUCUCAAUAAUCCAUCCAUACUAAUUCCAUUUGCAAGCACUUGGUCCAUAUCCUUCCACGAUUUGAUUUCCUUUGCUGUCAGCAAUCUUAGCCAAUUAGCCAUUUCAAUAUUUUCACUGGAUCAAUGAGUUUCAGCAGAAGAUAAUACUGACAUUUCUGGUAGAAACUAUAAUUUGGGAAGAGAAUGCUUCAGGCAAUGUCCUGCUCUAUACCAUUUUAUCAUUUGUUCUCUUCCAAACACUCUAAUUACAUUAGCCACCACCACCCUGGCCUUAUUCUACAUUGUUGAGAUUAUGCAGAACCCAGCACAGCCUGUGUGACUGAACAAUACAGACAUCACUUAAUGCAGAGAGACAUUGACCAAUACAGGUAUAACUUAAUACAGGGGAGCACUGACCACGACAGGUGUAACUUGAUACUAGGAAGUGGUAAGAAAGUGGAAGGAGAACCUGCACGUUGUACAUGUUCUCAUAUAGCGGCGACUGCGGAGACCUCAAUAGGCCCGACUAUGGGUGGACAUGGACAUGGGGAUGGGGACUGGACUUUGUCCCUUCCCUCACAGUGGGAACCAUUGUGGGGGGAUGUUUUUAUGUUUAUUGUUAAAUUCUUUAAUGUUGUGUCUUAUCUUUAUUUGUGUGCUGCAAUGGCAAGUCAAAUGUCACUACACCAAUUGGUGUAUGUGAUAAUAAAUGUCCUUUUUGUAUAUAAUUGAACGUCAUGGUGCUGUGGUCAGCUUACAUCAUGAGUACUGUACUGCAAUGAGGUACUGUGCUGGACUGUGGCCAUUUGGCUGGGGCUUGACCUCCAGACCUACUGACUGGUAGGCAUAAGUGUUACCAAAACAUUCUGCGGGUGUUGACCUGAACAAUUAUUUGACGUAUAGAAAAUACGAUGCAGAAAUCUCAAAGUCUUUGGAUGAUAUUUAUAAAUGCUUUGUACUUUACAGAGUAACCAAACCUUUGACGUUUCUUGUCCAAUUUAGCUCGCGUUAACAAUGGUGAAGGAUGGAAAAUUGUGUCAUGUUGGAAAUCAAGGGAAAGUUUCCAAGAGUGGCACAGUGAAAGGGUUGCUGCCUUGCAGCGCCAGAGCCCUGGGUUCAAUCCUGACUGCGGGCAUUCUCUGUAUGGAGUUUUCACCUUCUCCCUGUGACCCAAGUAAAAUAAAUUGUCCUUCGGGUGCAGGAUAGAACUUGUGUUCAUCGGCGUGGACUCGGUGGGCUGAAGUGCCUGUUUCCACGCUGCAUCUCGAAAACUAAAACUAAAUUUUCUGAUUCAUAUGUGUUAGAAACAGAAAAUAGGUGCAAGAGUAGGCCAUUCGGCCCUUUGAGCCAGCACCACCAUUCAAUCUGAUCAUGGCUGAUCAUCAAGAAUCAGUACCCUAUUCCCGCUUUCUCCCCAUAUCCCUUGAUUCUUUAGCUCUAAGAGCUAUAUCUAACUCUCUCUUGAAUACGUCCAGUGAAUUGGCCUCCUAUUCUAGGAGCUGCUCCUAAUGCUAUGAAUA